AUGUCGGCUCAAGCUGGUACGCCUGCCGCGACUUCGCAGUCUCCCGCUGCAUCGCCAGCAGAUGCGCCUCCUCAAGAUGCCGUGUCCCAAAAUGCAUCACAAGUUGACCGUGUUAUCCUAGAAUACCUGCGGACUCGAGGACAUACUACCGCCGAAAGGGCUCUCCUAGAAUCCCUCGAUGGAUCCUCUCCAGACAGUACUUCCAAAGAACCAGACAACAUAUCUGCGGAGGACCUCAUCAAAAAGCUUGCCGUAUACGUCCAGAAACCAUCGCGACCUGGCGAAAAUGUGCUCAAAGACUCGAGCAGUGUCUUGACAGGCCUCAGUGCUAUGGGGAAUCCCUCGAACAUACACAGUCUGAUUGCAAGCAUCGGCGCGGUUGGCGCGGAAGAGGUCCUGUCGCUUGACCCCACAGACAAGCAGGAGGGCUUCAGGGAAUUGGAGUCUUGGGUUGACGGCUCACUAGACAUGUAUCGCCCCGAGUUCCGGCCUAUAUUGUUUCCUAUCUUUUGCCACUUCUAUCUAGAUCUCAUUCAGCAUGGCUUCAAGGAAGCUGCAAUCAAGUUUCGUGAAACAUUUGCGCCAUCUAUUUCCCUUGCACAUCAUGCCACACUCCAUCACUUAUCCACGCUACAACUCCCAGCACAUGCCCAGAACGACGAGCUGGCACAGCGCUUUCGCAAUGAGAAGUAUGUCGUCAAGAUGAGCCGGUCGGGCUUCAACCUUCUCGUUGGUUGGCUGACCGAGGGGAUGGGCGGUGAGGCUCUCGGAACGGGCGCGGGCUUCUCUGGUGAGGGCGGGAAACGCGGUCGUGCAGCGGUCAUGCGAGUAGUGAAUAAUCAUCUACGGUUCGACGUCACGGCUACCAGCUCUGCCUCAGUGUCCGCCAACACAUGGGAAGAGAAUACCGGCUUGUUAUCUUCGCUGAUACCACAGGCUGCUGGAGCGACGACAAGCGUCUCAGAUCCUUCUGCCUUUAAUGCUUCCAAAGGCGACCUCAAGCUAGGGCCUGCACCAAUAGCACCUGAACUCCGUGCUGAGGCCGAGCGGGUGCUGCACGAACAGGCUAUGGUGGAUCGCGAUCCUAACGCUACAUACGAUCUCAACUAUGCCCGUCCGCCUCUAUUCCCUGGAAUGACAGCACCGACAGAAAAUGACCUUCUUCCCCAUCCCCCCAACUUCAAAACGGCCGACAUUGAACGUGAAGUCGAGAAGGUCCAUGACGCAAAGAGGCGAAUACGCCUCGAACCAUCCGCCUUGCACAACCUCGACCCAGGUUCCGCGCAAGCCGCAGCUGCCCGCUCGCGAGCCCUACCCAGUAUAUGUGCGUACACCCUUCAUGAUGUUGCGGAAGGGUCGCCGUGUUGUACAUUCUCGGCCGAUACGUCAUUAUUCGCAGCUGGGUUUGCAGAGAGUUAUAUCAGAAUAUGGAAUCUCAAGGGCGAGAAACUAAAAGGUCUACGGAGCGAUUUUCAGAGUAGUGCUAUAAAAGACAGUCAUACAACCCGUAAGCUCAUCGGCCACAGCGGCGCAGUGUACGCCUUGUCCUUCGACCCCAUCAACGGUUCCGCUGGACCCCCGAAACACCUCCUCUCCGCCUCUGCAGACACCACAGUUCGACUAUGGUCAAUGGAUACGUUGACCAAUGUGGUUGCUUAUCGAGGUCACCAGAAUCCCGUUUGGGACGUGAAGUGGAAUCCGAUGGGCGUAUAUUUUGCCACUGCUAGUAGGGAUCGGACAGCAAGGCUUUGGAGCACGGACCGCACGACUUGUCUACGAGUAUACGCGGGCCAUCUGAGCGAUGUAGAUUGUUUGCAAUUUCAUCCGAACUCCCUGUACCUAGCGACGGGCUCCAGCGACUGGACGGCAAGGCUGUGGGACGUCCAACGUGGAGCUUGCAUGAGAGUCUUCAUCGGACAUCAGGGUGCUAUUACAUCCCUCGCUAUGAGCCCAGAUGGUCGCUUCCUAGCUAGUGCAGGUGAAGACCUCGCCAUCAACUUGUGGGACCUUGGCUCUGGGAAGCGCAUCAAGAAGAUGACUGGACAUACAUCGUCGAUAUACUCGUUGGCCUUUAGCGCCGAGUCGUCCCUCCUGGUAUCUGGGGGGGCAGACUGGACCGUCAGAUGUUGGGAUGUUACUUCCAAGCCUGGUGGACCUAAAGGCAACGAGAUCAACGGAUCAACAACAUUCUCCGCAACGUCCAAUGGCUAUUCGUACCCAGAAGAGGGCCAGGAGACCUCCGACCUGAUUGCAACGUUUCCAACCAAACGAACGCCAAUUACCAAUGUUCAGUUCACACCUAGGAAUCUUUGUUUAGUCGGUGGCGUGUAUACCCCACCUGAUGUACGAUGA